GUUCGAUCUUUAGUUCAAGCAAUUGCUAGUGAUAUUCAACCACUACAAAAUCUGAAAGUUAGAAAAUAUAUUGAACGUUCCGGCGCCAAUAAAGACGAGUGGAUUAAGUUUUGCAUUUGCAAGGGUUUUGAUGGCGUUGAGAAACAACUUGAAAAAACACAAGGUAAAUAUUGUGUUGGAGAUGAAGUCACUUUGGCGGAUGUUUGUCUCUUACCACAAGUUUAUAAUGCCCGGAGGUUUGUUAUUUUCGACCUUACAAAAUACCCUCGAAUCCAAAAAAUUGCAGAUACUUUGUCUGAAUUGGAAGCUUUUAAGAAAGCUCAUCCGCAUAACCAAGUCGAUUGUCCUAAAGAAACGAAAUAA